ACACAAACUAGGGUUUCCUACUUCUCUAUAUAUACUUCAUCUCCACCCUUUCUCCUCAACCACUCGCUCUCCUACGCUAAUUCCUCACCCCUCUUCCAUCCUCUCUCUCCUGCUCGCAUCCCUCUCUAUAAUCCUCUCUUCUCAGCAUAACUAAGGGCUUUGGCUUGUGGACUUGCAGUGAUUGCAGUAAGCAAAAGUGGAGCGUCUCAAGUCAGAAACUUCUUUUAUGUCUGAGCAGGCAUCUCUCUUUUUAUUAUCAGUUGGGUUGCUUGGAGAGUACUGUCCUCCACAGAGGAAAAAGGAUAGAAAUUCUGCACCUCUAGUUGGUUGCAUGCCUCUCAAGUCACAUAAAGGUCAUAAAGUACGUAGUGAAGACUGCCAGUUUCCCGGUCCUGCUCCUUUUCUGUGGAAUUCAUACAAUUUUGAAGGAGUAACUCUGACCGAACAAGACGCCUCACUUGCAUACUGAUAUAGAUUGUUGUUUUCAACACCUUUAAAAUGGCUUUGCAAAACAUUGGUGCUGGGAACAAGGAUGAUGCCUUCUAUAGGUACAAGAUGCCCAGGAUGAUCACAAAAAUUGAGGGCCGUGGUAAUGGCAUCAAGACCAACAUAGUCAAUAUGGUUGACAUUGCAAAAGCUUUGAGCAGGCCUGCCUCUUACACGACCAAGUAUUUUGGCUGUGAGCUUGGAGCUCAAUCCAAGUUUGAUGAGAAGACAGGAACUUCCCACGUCAAUGGAUCUCAUGAUACUUCAAAGCUUGCUGGACUUCUUGAGAACUUCAUCAAGAAAUUUGUUCAGUGUUAUGGUUGUGGGAACCCUGAAACUGAAAUUAUCAUCACUAAGUCGCAGAUGAUCAAUCUCAAAUGUGCUGCUUGCGGAUUCAUAUCAGAGGUUGAUAUGAGGGACAAGCUCACAACUUUCAUUAUCAAGAACCCUCCUGAGUCAAAGAAAGGAGGAGGGAAGGACAAGAAGUUGAGGAGGGCCGAGAAAGAGAGACUCAAGGAAGGAGAGGCAGCUGAUGAAGAACUCAAGAAGUUAAAGAAAGAGGCUGCGAAGAAGAAGGUUUCCUCUGGUAGUUCUAAGGAUGCAGUAUCAAAAACUUCAAAGAAGAAAUCCCACUCUGACGAAGACCAUUCUCCAGCUGCUAGCCAAAAGGAUGAUCGUGAAGCGGCUGAAGACAGUGAUGAUGAUGUUGAGUGGCAGACUGACACUUCUGCCGUGGCUGCACAACAAACUAUCCAAGAACAGCUGAAUGCUGUCACUGCUAGUAUGGUCAUGCUCUCUGCCAAUGAGGAUAAGCCUAAAUCGGGUAAGGGCUCCCCAGCGAGGGAAGGGAAAUCCAAAUCCAAUGGAGAGACAAAUGGGAAAGCUGCUGCGGAUAAAGACGAACUCUUUGUCUUGAUCAAGGAGUAUGUCAACAGGGGUUCUUCUGCAUCCCAAAUCAAAUCAUUCCUGGAGUCUCUCUCUGGCUCUCGCCAGCAGCUUGUGAACGCCUACUUCGAAGCCUUAUUUGAGGGAGUUGGAAAAGGCUUCUCCAAAGAUGUCAUGAAGAAGAAGAAUUACAUCAUUGCUGCACUUCAGGAUGAGGACUCGCAGCGCCAUCUGCUCCUCGCCAUUGAAGCCUUCUGCGGGAAGGCAUCCCCUGAGGCUGUGAAGGAGGUCGCUCUGGUAUUGAAGGCCUUGUACGACAGCGAUGUGCUGGAGGAAGAGUUUAUCGUGGAAUGGUUCGAGAAGGGCAUUGCUGGUGGCAACAAAAGCUCUCCAAUUUGGAAGAAUGUCAAGCCAUUCAUUGAAUGGCUCCAGAGCGCAGAGUCUGAAUCCGAAGAAGAGUAACUAUUUCCUUGCAUUUUCUGCAAUUCAAUUUCCGAUUUAUAUAAUUAUAUGUUCUACCUUGUGUGUGUCGUUGUUCGUACAACGCUGUUGAGUCACUGUUGUCAUCGUCUUUGAAUUCUGUGAGGUUUUUAUUGUGGAGCGGUUCAAGUUUGUGUUGUUUAGCGUCUUGGAAGACAUCUUUCUUGUUUGAAGAUGCUCUUCAGUGUUUCUGUUACGUUUGGUUUGCUAUUAUUAAUGACAUUUUCUUAAUUAUUGA